UACAUACAUAUGUAUAUAUACACACACAUAUAAAAAUUAACAUAUUUUCAUAAUUUGUUAUUACUUAAAAAUAUCAUAUUAAAAAAUAAUUCUUUAUUAUUACUAAAAUGAUAUAUAAUUGACUACAUUUUAUAAAUCAUUAAAAAUCAAUCAGGUGUCUAAAUUAUCACAAAUUUUUUAUAACGAGUAAAAGAUAUGUAUACAUUCAAUAAGGUUGUUAGAAAAUUAGUAAAAGACUUAAGAAUAUUCCAUAAAUGGAGUAUUACAUCAAAUUUUAGUACAAUAUCAAGCCAUGAUUAUAAAAACAUAAAUGUAAAAGUUGCUAUUAAAGCUGUCAAUACUUUAUACGAAAACUUAAACAAAAAUAAAAAACUGAAUCCUAAGAUUAUCACAAAUUCUGAAGCAUUUGAAAAUAUCUGCAAAGUGAUAUUGAAAGAUAUUAAAUCUUUAAGCAGAUAUGAUACUAUAAAUAUUUUACGAGUUUUAUUAUUUUUCAAUGUUCCAACUGACAGUCUAUUAAUACAAACACUUUUUCAAAUGAUACGCGUUUCCUUGAAUAAUUUAACAAUUGGACAAAUAAUGAUUCUAUAUAAUAUGUUAUACAAAAUAGAAAAAAUCUCACCUUUGUCUGAAUCUUUACUUCAUGCAUUACCUCAUGUUUUUAAACAACAAGCUGAAAUAGAACUUAAUUCUGAUAGUACCAAUUUGUUGCAAGUACUUCAGUUUUGUUCUAUGAUCAAUGAUUUCAAAGUAAAAAGACAAAUACUUAUGAUUUUAUGUAAUAAUCAUGAAAAAAUAAAUUUAGGUAAUGUAAUAACAAUUUUUGAUGCAAUAUAUAGUUUACCAAAAUUGUGUCCAUUCUCUAAACAACUUUUGGUUUAUAUACAAAACAUGAUAUUGACUAAUUAUAGACUGUUAAAUUUCAAUAAAAUUGAACAUUUACUUCGUUGUAUUUCUAAAAAAAUUUUGGACUCAGAAAUGGAAUUUUAUAAUGAAAAACUAAUAGAUAAGUUAUGUUCUCAAUUAUCUUUUGUACUAAGCAGCAAUACUACUUUCCAACAAAACUUAAUCAUAUUAAAGCAUUUAAACAAUAUGUAUUAUAACAAUAUUUCAUUAUUAGAUUGUUUAAUAGAAAAAUUUCUUAAAGAUAUAAAUAUAUUAGAAAAAUGUUCUAUUAAUGAUAUAGAUACAUUUAUUAAAGGUUUUAUUAUUGCUGAUUAUAUACCAAACAAUUGGGAAAAUGUAAGCAGAAUGUUACAAAAUUUUAUGAUCAAUUUAGACUGUUCAAUACAUAAUACAGUAUUUACUGUUUUUCGUUUACUUUCACUAAAGUGUUAUCAUCCAGAAUUAAUAGAAAAGGCUUUUGCAUUAUAUAAUAAAUCCUUUUAUGAAAAAAAUUCAGUUCUUUUUGGAAAAGAUAUUACAUUAACUAUGUUAAGAUUAUAUUGGUGUAUGGAACAUGAGGAUUAUAAAAUACCUUAUUUAAUAAAUUGUUUAAAAGAAGUUGUUGGAGGUACUGAAUAUAUAAAAAGUGAUUUAAAAACAAAAUUUGGCGAAUUUGUUGAUUAUGUUGUUGUCAUACAACCGGAUGGCUCUUUUAUGAAUACUAGUAGUUAUGAUAAUAUUACAUUUGUUGAAGAACUAGUAUCCUUAUCAGAAUGUAGCAAAAUUCUUUUUUUUGCUUUUCCAAUAGAGGCAUAUUCUAUUAACAAAAGGAAUUUAUUAUCUACAGUAAAAAUACAAUUAAAAGCAAUAGAAACAUUGCCAGGAUUCCAUUCCUUUGUUAUAAAUCCAUAUUCGUGGACAAAGUUUUCCAACAAAGAAAGAUUAUUACAUAUUCAGAACAUCAUAAAAUUGAAGCAGUAAAAUUAAAAAUGAUAGUAAUUCAUAAAUUGUGUGUAAAAAAAAAUAAAAACUCAAAUAUUUAAAAAAUAAGAAACAAACAAUCAUUUUUUAUACUUCAUAGUGAUAUUUUUUAACUUUAAAUGAAUAUUUUAAAAUAUAUUUAUUUUAGUAAUAUAUUGACGCAAAUUAUUUUUAAC